AUGUCGAAAAUGCAAUCAUCCUAUGCAGCUUUCCGUUCGUUACAUUCGGGCAGAUCGCAUAAGUUACCGAUGAAGGCACAACAAUUUUGGACACCGUGUGUUUACUCAUGCACAUUCCGGGCCAAGAUCCGAAGUAAAUUCGGGUUACCAGAUGCUCCAGCUCCAGAUUGGAUAACCCAUUGUUUCUGUGAGUAUUGUGCACUUUGCCAAGAAUAUCGUGAGCUCAAGAACCGUGGCCUUGAUCCUUCCAUUGGUAAAUUGUCAACCGUCUAUGAGUUUCAGUCCCAAAUAAUCUAUCAAUCAACACUGUUAAGCUGUUACAAACGUAUACACAAGGAAUUAACCGGAGAGGAUUACAUCAGCGACUACGACGGAGAUGACAGUCUUUCAACCUUUGAUUCCUCCGAUGAAGACAAAGGCUCAUAG